UCUCUAAUAUGCAAUUUAGGAUGGACAUGCAGGGAUUUAAUCCCAGCCACAAUUUAUGGCAUCAGGGAGUUGCCUGAAACUCAUCUGAUUCUUAUAGUAGACGUUCUGGAGAAGCAAAUUCAUCCUAUUUUAACAAGUUAUAAUCCUUCGUUUUGUAGGACAGCAAGAUAUUUUUUCAGACUCACACACUUUAGUAAAAUAUGGCAGUUAUAAAUUUGCUUGGCCAAGUCAUUAAAUUUAUUCAUUAAGACUUGCAAAUAUCUUAAAUAACCAAAUCAUGGUAUAAUCAUGCAAUACAGUACAUUACAUUACAUUUAUUUAGCAGAAACUCUUAUCCAAAGCAACGUACAAAAGUGCAUAUUGUUGUCAUUGGAACAAAGAUUAUUAUGUUUUUAUAUGUGCAAUAUUAUGUGUGCUGAUGGCAUUAUUUACUUUCAGUAGCUACUGCAACCAAUUAUGAGAUAAUGUCAAUUCAAACUUCUAUUGUGAAAUUUCCCACUCUCGUGCUCACAGGAAGUCGAUUUAUUUUUGUAGCUUAUUCUGGCCAUUUUGACUGAUAGUCCUCCAUGGAUUCACACUGCUCAACUGAACUAUCGUCCACCUUGUGGUUCAUACAGCUUUAACACAGAAUUGCAUAUCAAGUUAAGCAAAUAAUUGACUGUCUUGAAAAAACUGAGUUAUCAACGAAUAGGGGAGCUACACUUCUGCGCACCUUUGAGCAGCAGUAUGAUGCAGGCAGGAGUCUGUCUGAGACAGGACACUGAGACAACACUACCAGAGCUCACUGAGGAGCACAGGGUCAGACCGAAAGAAGAGGAACUCAGUGGACUGGAGUCUGUCCACAUGGCAGAGUCAGAGACAGAGUGUGCUGCACCAGGACUCAACACACUGGAGCCAGUGUGUGUUACACCACACUGUGCGGGGCUGCAGUUCUGCACACCUUUGAGCCGCAGUAUGAUGCAGGCAGGAGUCUGUCUGAGACAGGACACCGAGGCAACACUACCAGAGCUCACUGAGCAGCACAGGAUCAGACAGAAAGAAGAGGAACUCAGUGGACUGGAGCCUGUCCACAUGGCAGAGUCAGAGACAGAGUGCGCUGCACCAGGACUCAUCACACUGGAGCCAGAGUGUGUUACAGCACACAGUGGGGUCAGUGGUGUACACCACACACGCACAUCACUGAUUAAAACAGAAACUGAUCCAUGCUCCACCCACACUGGGGAUGUUAAGACAGAGACCCUAGACAGUACAGAGCUGGGAUAUAUAACCCAUCUACAUCCUGAACAAAUCAAAACAGAAGCUGAUGAUGGAGAAUACCUUAAGGCAGAACACAUCAGUGAUUUGCAGGAUAUUAUAUGUGUUCAUAUAAAAUCUGAUCAAGUAAAGUGUGAAUUCAAUGAACGUUUUGAGAGUGAUCUCAUGAGCACUAUGAUGAAUGGAGCUGGUGUUUAUCACAGAGAUCAGACUGAACCCUGGCAAUAUGUGGGAGAGUCAAAUUCUUUGAAGCUGGGAAAGUGCUGCAAUAAGCAAUGUCAUUUAAAUAGCCACUAUAUAGUUCAUACAGCUGAAAAGCCCUACCAGUGUAUGCAGUGUGGGAAGUGUUUUGUCAAAGAAUCUGCUUUCAGUAACCACUUAAGAGUACACGAGAAGAACUACAAGUGUACAGAAUGUGGGAAAAGUUGUUUAAGACAAUCUCAUUUAAAUAGCCACCAGAAAAUUCAUGCAGAUGAAAAGCUCUACAGUUGUAUUCAGUGUGGAAAGCAAUUUUUGCAAGCAUGUCAUUUAAAUCGCCACCAGAGAAUUCAUACAGGUGAAAAGCCCUAUAAAUGUACAAGGUGUGGGAAGUGUUUUUUAACUAAAUCUCAUUUAAAUAACCACCACAAAAUUCACACAGGUGAAAAGCCCUACAAAUGUACUCAGUGUGGGAAACAAUUUUCACAAGUAUGUCAUUUAAAUCGCCACCAGAGAAUUCAUACAGGUGAAAAGCCCUAUAAAUGUACACAGUGUGGGAAGAGUUUUUCACGAGUAUGUAUAUUAAAUAGCCAUCAGAGAAUUCAUACAGGUGAAAAGCCAUAUAAAUGUACACAGUGUGGAAAGUCCUUUUCCCAAGUAUGUGUUUUAAAUCGCCACCAGACAAUUCACACAGGGGAGAAGCCAUACAAGUGUACACAGUGUGGCAAAUGCUUUUUAACAAAAUUUAAUUUACAUACCCACCAAAGAUUUCAUACUGGUGAAAAGCCAUAUAAAUGUCCUCAGUGUGGGAAGUGCUUUUACACAAAAUCUAAUUUAAAUUGCCAUCAGAGAUUUCAUACUGGUGAAAAGCCAUUCAAAUGUCCUCAGUGUGGGAAGUGCUUUUACACAAAAUCUAAUUUAAAUUGCCAUCAGAGAUUUCAUACUGGUGAAAAGCCCUACAAAUGUACUCAGUGUGGGAAAUGCUUUUCCCAAGUAAGUGAUUUGAAUCGCCACUGCAGAAUUCAUAAGCGGGAUAAGCCUUAUAAAUGUUCUCAGUGUGCAAAGUGCUUUUCAAAAGUAUGUGAUUUAAACAGCCACAAGAUAAUUCAUACAAAUAAAAAGCCCUACACGUGUACACAUUGUGGCAAGUCUUUUUUAACCAAAUCAAAUUUAAAUGUCCACCAACAAAUUCAUACAGGUGGAAAGCCAUACAUGUGUACACAGUGCGGUAAGUGUUUUUCACAAGUUUGUCAUUUAAAUCGCCACUGGAGAAUUCAUACAGGAGAAAAGCCUUUCAAAUGCUCUCAGUGUGGGAAGUGCUUUAACACACGUUCUAAUUUAAAUAGCCAUGAAAAAAUUCAUUCAGGUGAGAAGCCCUACAGGUGUACGCACUGUGGGAAGUGCUUUUUCAAAGUAAGUCAUUUAAACCGCCACCAGAGAAUUCAUACAGGUGAAAAGCCCUACAAGUGUCCCCAGUGUGGAAAGAACUUUUUAACUAAAUCUAAUUUGAAUAGACACCAAAAAAUUCAUUCAGAUGAAAAGCCCUACCAGUGUCCUCACUGUGGAAGGUGUUUUUCCCAAGUAUGUAAUUUAAGUAGUCAUCAAAAAAUUCAUACAGGUGAAGAGUCGUGACAACUUUUCAUUGUGGCAAAUAUUUCAUGACGGCAUGCUUUAUGCAAUGUCCUUUUUGUUGGAAGAGUUUCUAUUGUUCAUCCUAUUGUACAAAAUUCCCUUUUUAUUGUUUCAGAAAAACACCAUGGUUUUGGUAGUAGUUUAAGAAAGUAAAUGUUGUGGUGUACCUUGUGUAGGAAGUGUUCCUAAGGUUUCAGACAGACACCUCACAAGUUAUCUCACCAACAGGAAAUGUACUGUGCAUUUUAAUGGUAGUAAUUCUGAGGUAAGAGCAGUGAGUUGUGGAGUGCCUCAAGGAAGUUGUUUAGGGCCACUUUUGUUCUCCAUUUUUACAAAUGAUUUACCUCAUUACCUAAUUUUGAAUUAUACCACCAUUGCGAUGUAUGCAGAUGAUUCCACAAUAUAUAAAUCAGCACACACACCUGGAGAACUUGGUAGGGUUUUGAAUGAAGAAUUAAAGUUAAUAGAAGAAUGGGUAACGGAAAAUAAAUUGGUUCUUAAUAUAGAAAAGACAAAAUGUAUGGUAUUUGUUUCAAAAUAUUAAUUAAAAGUCGCACCAAUUUUACACCUAACUAUAGGAGAUAUAGAUAUUGAACAAGUAACAGAUGUAAAGUUAUUAGGGAUUACUGUUGAUAGUAAAAUGUCUUGGAACAGCCAAAUUGAUCAAAUGGUGGUAAAAAUGGGCAGAGGCAUGGCUGCUAUAAAACACUGUAGAAAAUUCAUGCCUAUUUGUUUAACCAAAUGAUUAGUGCAAGCAUUAGUGUUAUCACAGUUAGAUUAUUGUUCAGCGAUUUGGUCCAACACAACAGAAAGUAAUCUGAACAGGUUACAGGUAGCUCAGAACAAAGCAGCUCGCAUUGCUCUUCACUGCCCAUAUCGAACAAGAGUAAAUACAAUGAGUAAUCAUUUGGCUUGAUUAAGUGUAAAAUGCAGGUUGCAUUAUUCUCUAGUGUGCUUUAUUAAAAAUAUCAUCCUAACUAAAAUCCCAGAAAUACUUUAUAGUAACCUAUAAUUUUUCAGACAGACAUUAUUCUACUCAGCAGUCAUCUGAGAAUCGUAUUCUGUUGCCUCAGUGUAGAACUACAGAGAACAGUUAAUUAUCGAGCAAUAGUGGCAUGGAAUUCAUUACCAAGUUUUUUGAUUCAGAAAGUAAUACAACAAGUUUUAACAAAAAGUUAAGAUUGUAUUUGUUCACACAGGGAAUAGUGUAGAACACUAUAUGAUUUUUUGUUUUUUCUGUUCUUGAAGAUGUAAUUGGUUGUAGAGAGCUAUCCAUCACACUUUUAUUUGUGAUUUAAUGGAUGAGUUGCUAAAUGAUUUCUUUUCUCAAUUAUUUAAAAGAUGAAAUUAUUAUAUAGAGCUAUCAUGUAUUGACAGGCCUUGAGUUGCUGUCGGUUGUUGUGUGUCUUAGUGGUUGUGUUAUGUAUUGUGUGUUGUUAUGCAUUGUGUAUUGUUAUGUAUUGUGAGUCUUAUUGUGAGUAUGAAUGUUACAGAUGUGUAUCGAUGUAUUUUUCCGUAUUGAAGUAUUGUUAAAAGAUUUAUAGGGACCCCAGGAAGAGUAGCUACUGUUACAAUACAGUAGCUAAUGGGGAUCUAAAUAAACAAACAAACACACAAACCUGAAAAUUCUUAUAAAUGAAUAGCACUUGAAUUUUAUUAUUAUUUAGAUUAAAAUGAAUUUAAUUUAUUUUUAUGAUAAUAAAGAUUUAUUAUUUAAAUCUUUAAAUCAUCACCAAAAUAUUUCACGUGAAAGGCUAUAAAGGUUUGUUCGUUUUAUAAAGUAUUAAAAUACUCCAUAUGGUGUGAAGUGACAGAAAAAUCAUUCAUGUGAAAAGUCAUAAGCAAAAUGGUUCAUUAUGUUCAUUUCAAUAUCAAUGUAAGUCAUGUGGAAAGUUUUCUUACCAUGUGAAAUGCAAAUGAAGUCGCUUUGGCUAAAAGCCUCUGCCCAAUGGCUAAAUUUUCAUUUUUCACACUUGGUCACAUGGGUUUUUUAAAAACUUUGUGUUGAUAUUAUAAACUUACAUAAUUUUAAGUCAUACAAUUGAACUGUUUAAAACUGGAAUAUAUAUUACAAUCACCAGUCGUAAAAUUACUCUGGUGGAAAAUCAUACAGCUUUUUUACAAGCUAAUGGGACUUUUCAAAGCAACAUUAUAAGGUACUAACUUCUCAAAUAAAAUUUUGGAUUUUGGCCUUUUUAAAAAAAUAUGCUAUAAGGUUCAAAUUUCACUUGUACUGAAUUAUUUUUGUGAUCUGCUGUUGUGUAGCAAAGGUUUCCUAGUAUUACAGUGUAUAGUUCUCCCUGUGGUAUUGCCAGUUGAUCUUAUUUUGGACAGGCCUGUGAAAAACAGAACGAUCACUGGGACAAAUGGGCCUCAUUUUCCUGUCAUAACCAGUGUUUCUGACCAUUUUAUUCUGUCAAAAGUAAAGGAUGAUAUUUUGUGAUGAUGACAUUGACACCAAUGUAAUUUGAACGAUGUGAAAACUAUUUGGAUAUUCUGUACAAAGAGACUUGUUAAUAUGUAUUGCCAACAUGUAUUCUGAACUUGACACUACUUGCCCUUUCAGUUAUUUUAUAUUUCAGUUAUUCAGAGGCAAUAAUAUGCAUGUCAGCUAAAGCUGAUCAUUAGACUUUAGACAGUGUGUUUUAUCUCAGAUAUCAGUUGAGGAUCUUUGUUUCGCUUUUUAUUUUUCCAUUUUAAAUAUGAAUUGUAUAUGAAAUGAUUUUAUAUUGUGAAUGUGCAUAUACCAAGGCCUUUAUGCCAUGUACAUUUCUGUAUUUGUGCUUCACUGUGUCAUUGUUCUCUCCUUUACUGCCUCCUUUAAUGCCAGCAGUUAUACCACCAUGCACCCGGCUUCUGCCGAAUGGCUAAAGCUAAGCGAGGGUGGGCUUGGUUAGUACUUGGAUGGGAGGCCACCUGGGAAAAAGUAAGUUGCUGCUGGAAGUGGUGUUGGUGGGCCAGUAGGGGGCAAUCUUCCCUCUGGUUGAAUAAACCCCAAUGCCCCAGUGCAGUGACAGGGACACUGUGCUGUAGGAGAUGCUGUCUUGGUCCAAGGUCCUGACUCCUGUGGUCAUUAAAGACCCCAUGACACUUGUCGCUAAGACUAGGGGGUUCGCCGGUGUCCUGGCUAAAUUCCCAACCUGGCUCUCUCAAACUUGCCACCUAAUCAACCCCUGAUUUAAUUGGCUAAAAAAAUGUUCUCUCCCUCUCCACCUUAGCUAACGUGUGGUCAGCGUUCGGGAGCAAAUUGGCUGCCGUGCAUCACUCAGGUGGGUGCUACACAUUUGUGGUGGGUCAGAUGAGUACCCACUCAUCACUGUAAAGCACUUUGAGCAUUCAGAAAAGUGCUAUUUAAAUGCAAUGUUUCAUUCAUUCAGUUUGUAAAUAUGGUUUGAUUCCUGUUGCAUACAAAUCAUAACACCAAUUGUGCAACAAUUUUCAAUUUGCUGAAAGUAAAAAAAAAAAGAUUUAAUGUAUAUCUCAGAUAUGUAAGUAAAUAAAAUGGUCUUUAUCAAAUAAAACAGCAACAAAUAUGCAAUCUAUGGUGGACAUAUAGUACUUAAUGGGAAAGCACAUCCUCAGCCAACCUAAGUGGUGAAGCCCAGGAAGUAAGCUUGUACCGCACAUGUCUUCGUUGUUUGAGGGCAAAAUAUUGAGCUCCCCAUUAAAGUGAGUGGGGAAUAUCAGACAUUUGAAGUCAAAAUAAAACUUCCCCAAUGGUGUUUUGAAACUCGAUUAAUGUCGAUUGAGGUUUCAUAUGAACAGCAGAUUGAAAUAUAUGUAUUAUGUAGUAGAAUAUGUACAUAAUGUAAUUUAUGAUCACAAAAAAUUGGCCAAUUAGGUUUUGUUUUAUUGUUACAUCACCUUGGAUUUCUACAUUAAAAUCAAUGGGGAGCAAGCUAUUUUGCCCUCAAGAGUUCUGAACAUGCGCAGUAGAGGCUGUUUCCCAAUACUUCCUAGGCUUCACCGACUGACCACUCCUACCCUCUCCAGUUCCUAUGUACACUCUAUGGUUGAAACCGAUUGAAAGUGAGGGAAAAGAGACGCGAUUACAUUGCUCGCAAUGUGUUAUGGGAUUUGUAGUUCAUUCCCUCUUAAAAAACUUUAAGUACA